AUGGACUUCAUUGUGCUGAAACUUGUCACAGCUACGGAAAACCGAAAAUCCCUCACAAUGUGCUUCGAGCGCUUGAUCAGCCUGAAGUGUGGCCACUAUGAAUCAUACCAGAUGGACAAGCAGGGCUGCAAAUAUCAGGCUGGUCGUCAAUGCCCCAAUUACGUCCAGCUCAAGAUUCGCGAGGAGAAAAACAGAAGCUGCCUUAACUGCAAGGCGCAUGGUCUGGCCGUGUUCGGAAUCGCCAGUCCAAGUCUGAGGGGAAAGUAG